CCCCUUGAGUCCGACUCACUGAAGCUGCCUUUGUUUAAGUGGGAACCAGAGAGAGAGAGAGAGGAGGAGGAGGAGGAGGAGGAGGAGGAGAGUGAGAGGUUUUUAGUUUGGAGAGAGUGAGAGAGAGGCAGAGUGGGCUCCAUCUCUCUCUCUCUUACACAUGAACAGGACAACUUUAGUUUACCAUCACUGAAGAUGACUUCACGCAUUCCUCCCGGGUUCUUUGGAUUAUUUCUGCUCCUGCUCCGGUUCUGCUGCCGUCGCUCCUCUGCUCAGCUGUUGGACGACCGCGGUUCUCAGGGAGCCUUGGACCUGACUGAGUUGAUCGGCGUCCCCCUUCCUCCCUCUGUAUCCUUUGUUACGGGUUUCGAGGGUUAUCCCGCCUACAGCUUCGGCCCGGACGCCAAUGUGGGGCGCCUCACAAAAUCAUUCAUCCCCGACCCAUUCUACUAUGACUUUGCCAUCACGGUCACAGCUAAACCUACCACCCGGCGUGGUGGUGUGCUGUUCGCCAUCACAGAUGCUUACCAAAAGAUUGUGCAUUUAGGUAUAGCGUUGUCAGAGGUGGAAGAUGGUUCCCAAAGAGUCAUACUGUACUACACCGACCCGGGAACAAGAAAGACCCAGGAAGCAGCUUCCUUUAAAAUGGGAGACCUGACAGGCAGAUGGGCGAGAUUUACCCUGACUGUACAGGGGGCAGAGGUGCGUCUCUACAUGGACUGUGAGGAAUACCACCGAGUCGCCUUCUCCAGGAGCCCUCAGCCUCUGACCUUCGAGGCCAGCUCGGGGAUCUUUGUAGGGAACGCCGGGGGUACGGGCCUGGCGAGGUUUGUGGGCUCCAUCCAGCAGCUGGUGCUGAAGUCUGAUCCCACGGCCCCAGAUGACCAAUGUGAGGAGGACGAUCCAUAUGCCUCUGGAUACGGAAGCGGUGACGAUGCCUAUGAAGAUAUGGAGGGAAGAGAUGAAGUGAAGAAGAUUGUGGAGGAGAGAGAGUACACCAUGCCCUUCCCAGAGCUGGAUCCAACUUACAGCACGCCAGUCCAAGCUCCGCCCACUGAGAUGACACUAAGGGAUGUCGAUGAUGAAGACAUAGAGGACAUAUCUGGACAGGAGGAGGAGAUGACUACAGUAAAAAUAAAGUCAUUUCUGCCAAGCACUCCAGCCUCUGUACUCGACACUUCCCUCCAGGUGUCUCCAGGACAGAAAGGGGAGCCAGGUGAGCCAGGUCCAGCAGGUCCUCCAGGACCACCCGGCCCUCCAGGGCAAGGCUCUGGAGAAGGGGAGGGAGGGGAGCCGGGACCACGGGGUCCACAAGGACCACAGGGACCUUCAGGCCCAACUGGAGCUCCUGGGAAAGAUGGACAGCCUGGGAGCAAAGGUGAAACUGGUGUCCCAGGAGCAACUGGGUCUCCAGGAUUCCCAGGACUACCAGGAGAGCCUGGUCCAAGGGGAGAAAAGGGUGAUCCUGGUAUUGGACUACCUGGUCCUCCAGGUCCUCCCGGACCUGCAGGUCGACCAAGCAAGUCGUCAGUGUUCCUGGAGGGGUCUGGAUUUGAUGACUUUGACAGUGAUGCUGAGAUUAUUAGGGGGCCACCAGGGCCUCCUGGCCCUCAAGGACAGCCAGGGCCCCCAGGACCCCCAUCUGAGGACAUCUUCCCCGGACAACCAGGGAUCCCUGGGAGAGAUGGGAAGGAUGGAGAGAAGGGUGAACCUGGACUGCCUGGAGUUGAUGGAAAAGAUGGUGAUCCAGGACCUGCUGGGGAAAAAGGAGACAAGGGAGAGCCUGGUGUGAGCGGGCAACCAGGACCAAAGGGAGAUUUGGGCCCUCCAGGGUUUCCAGGCCUUCCAGGCUCAGAAGGUCCAGAAGGGCAGCCUGGUCCAAGGGGUCAACCUGGCCCUCCUGGGCCCCCAGGUCCCCCUGGACGGGGCUUCACCAUGGACUUUGAGGACUUGGAGGGAUCUGGGAUGGAGGGUGGUUUUGGAGGUGCCCUCUCCAGAGGCCCCCAGGGUCCUCCAGGAAUCCCUGGACUUGAAGGACCAAAGGGUAAAGAUGGUUUAAACGGCAUCCCAGGAGAGCCGGGGCAAAAGGGGGAGAAAGGUGCUACAGGAUCACCAGGUUUUCCAGGACUGGAGGGACUGAAAGGGGAGCAGGGACCAAAAGGGAGCAAAGGUGAUCCAGGACUAAAGGGAGAAGCAGGGCGGGACGGGCUCAGCCUACCUGGCCCUCCAGGACCACCUGGACCACCGGGGUCCAUUAUUAACCUCCAGGAUCUUCUACUGAACGAUACAGAUGGUGCCUUCAACUUCUCAGGGAUUUUAGAAGCUCAGGGACCCGCUGGUCCAAAGGGUGACACAGGGUUACCAGGAGUUCAAGGACCUCCAGGACUCAAAGGUGAAAAGGGCGAGCCAGGAUUCGUCAUUGCAGCCGAUGGAUCCACGCUGUCAGGCCUGGCAGGUCCCAAAGGAGUCAAGGGAGAUAAUGGUGUAUCUGGACCUGCUGGAAUUCCUGGGCCCAUUGGACCACCAGGACCCAAAGGAGAAUUUGGUUUCCCUGGAAGACCUGGUCGUCCAGGCCUGAUGGGACCUAAAGGAGAGAGGGGGGAUUCUGCAGGUCUGCCGGGACCUCCUGGCCCUCCUGGGCUGCCAGGCCGACCAGGAAUAUUCAACUGCCCAAAAGGAACGGUGUUCCCCAUCCCUCCCAGACCGCACUGCAAAAUGGCACUUAAUCCCAAUGGAACCAUUGCAUUUGGUAACUGUCAGACGGGACCAAAGGGAGAAAAGGGAGAGAGAGGCCCUCCUGGGCUGCCAGCGCCACCAAACACAUUUCUUCCCAGGGGAGGCUGGGGGUCAAGAGGCGAUCAAGGCAUUAAAGGAGAGAAGGGAGACAAGGGGGAGGUAGGGUUUCCUGGGCAACCAGGUAUCCCUGGAAGACCAGGACUUGUGGGGCCCAAAGGAGAGUCAGUGCUCGGUCCACCAGGCAACCCCGGGGUACCAGGAUCACCAGGUAUCCCAGGCUAUGGCAGACCAGGACCAGUCGGACCUGCUGGGCCACCAGGGCCUCCAGGACCCCCUGGGUCACCCUCAAGAUAUGCCUCAGCUUUGACCAUUGCUGGCCCCCCUGGGCCUCCUGGACCACAAGGACCUCCUGGACCUUCGGGUAAUGGAGCAUCUCUGAAAACAUUUGCGAGCCGUGAGAGCAUGAUGCAGCACACAGCCAGAGAUGCAGAGGGAACUUUGGCCUUCGUCACAACAACAGGAAGUCUGUUCCUCAAGGUCUCCCAGGGAUGGAAAGAGAUACAGCUUGGCAGUCUGAUCUACCUCUCCAAUAACAUUAUUCCACAAGAUGAGCCUCGAGUUUCAUACCAGGUGAGAGGAGACACGAUGGAAAGGAUACGUUCAGUUAACGAAAGGCUCAACCUGGUGGCCUUGAACCAGCCUCACUCAGGCGACAUGAUGGGGCUCGACAUCGCUGACCGGAUGUGUUAUGAACAAGCCAAAGCGAUGGGUUUGGCUCCAAACUAUCGAGCCUUCAUUUCCUCCCACAGGCAAGACCUGGUCCAUGUGGUCUAUCCUGGUUUCCGGGACACGCUGCCAGUUACCAACCUCAGAGGAGACGUGUUGUUUAGGAACUGGCGGUCAAUUUUUAAUGGCGACGGGGGGCCAAUGGAUGCCAGGAUACCCAUCUACUCCUUUGAUGGCAGGGAUGUUUUUGCAGACCCCUUCUGGCCUCAGAAGAAUAUCUGGCACGGCUCCACCAGCAGGGGGCUCCGAGUGGUGGACAAACACUGUGAGACCUGGCGGGCGGACCACAUGUCUGUCAUGGGCCAGUCAUCGAGUCUGACCUCAGGGCUGCUCCUGGGCCAGCAGACGCGAAGCUGCUCCAACCAGUACAUCGUUCUUUGCAUUGAGACCCACAAAAACUUUUAACCCCCCGUACCACUCCACCAAGGACCCCAUCUUGCCCACCGCAAACAUUCAACACUUGGGGGAAAAAGAUUUGAGUGUCUCUCCAAAAGAAGGACGCCGCUUUCAGCACAUCUUUGGUGCUACGUGUAGCAUUUUGUGCUCUUUUAAAAAACAAGACCACAUUUAACACCCUUUCUAGUACAAAGGGGCUGUUAGUACUUGUUUUUUCCUUCCUAUUCUCACAUCACUCUGUAAUGUUUCUGAAGAGCGAGAAGAUUGUUAAUAGUCAGUAACAAACUCUUGACAACAGCCAAAAUAUAUCUGGGAAAGUAAGCUAACAUGAAGUUGAUGCUACGCUGUGAAACUGGAAUCAUUUUGGGGACUGUUGCAAUCCAAAUUUGUACCUUAAAGGAGUGGUAUGUGACAUUCAGAGCAUAUGCAUGAUUCAGAGGUCUGAGCCGGGAUUAUCUGUACAUGGCUCUCAACAUGGAGAUGGCUUAGCCAACAGCGAGCAGCUAACAGUGCUAACAGUGCAAACAGCACCAACAACACUAGGGUGUCCCAAACUUUUUUGUUUAGAGCGGCCUGCUAUGGUUAAAACAUCUGCCGGCACAGAUAGAUUUUCUUUUUUUAGAGCUGGACAGCUCAUAAGGAGUGCUAUUAAAAUACUGUUCAGUUAUGCAUCGCACCAUACUCUGGAGUGCAGAGUGUACUCUGGGCACAGAUGGAGCAGCAGAAUGUCAGGCUCCUGAAAGUCAGACUUAACUGUUCAUUCUUCCGUGUUGAAAAGUUUGCAUACAUUUGCAAACAGCUGUUCCCCUCAUCCGUCGAUCUGAUCUGAUCAGCUUUUAACGAAGGAACAGAUCAAUUAUCAACCCUGCAAGUCAUAAACUGCUGCCAGGAAGAAAAAAAAAUGUAUGGAAAGCUCCGCCUGAGCUGCGUUCACAGAUGCACAAAAACCUCCUAAUUUAGAGAGGGGACACAGAGUGAUACAAAGGGACACACGCAUUGAAAAUGAAAACAGAAAAAAGUUUGCUGUCGUCUGGAUGUCACAUACAGCUCCUUUAAAUUAACAUCCGUUAGUGUUGUAAAGCAAGUUUUCCCCUUACAUUCAACCUGGUGGCACAUAAUGUAAAAUCAAACAUAGAAGCUGAAAUAAUAUUCAUGCUAAUAAUGCUAAUAUCUCAAAGAGAAUGUGGUAAUGCUUUUUAAAUGCUUUUUAAAAUAACACAUGCAGCACCUUAAACUCAAGGAAAGUGGACUCAUUUGCAACAAGACACACGUGUUUCACUUUACACACAAAAGGCUUUUCCCCCUCAUGUCACCUUUGUGUGUUGACUUUAAAGACAUCUCUUUGUUGUUCAAGAGACUGAAGAUGCAGCGGCUGGCAGUUUUUACAAAUGAUAGAUUUCCAAAGACUUUUGUGAUGGAAGCUUAAAGCUUUUUUCACUAUUUUGUUUACAGGUUGUCAUGAAGAGUUUUAAACAUUUCUGUAGACAAGUUUUAAGGGCAAGAAAUUUGUUUUCAUAGCCAACAUCUUCCCUCAUCCAACAGUGGGAAGACUAGAUGACCAGUGUUUCCACCAAAGUCUUUUUUUUUGAUGCACUGUAUUUUAUUUUUUAAAAUAUUUUUUUCUAGUUCAACAUUUUCAUUCUUGAACAUGUUGUUUGUGUUGUAGCUUUUCAUACAUCUUGGUGAUCCCACAUCUUAGCAGCUCUUUCUCUCAAUAGGCUAUUUAAUUUAAAAUUCAAUGAUUUAUUUAUACCGUCACAGCACAUAACAUGAAAAUCAGAUGAUUAAAUUUUAAGAAUGUAAUUUAUCGUUUGUUGUUUGUCAAGUGACUUCUCACUGAUGUUUUUUUGUACUUUUUUUUUUUUAAUGUUUGUAGAUUUCUGGAGAACUUUUAACAGUCAAAACAAAAUUCCACAUAGUGUAGAGAUACAACUGAAGCAAGCUUAAUGUUUUCAUGCAGGAAAAAAAAGAAUACUAGAAAAAGAAAUUUCAAGGGCAAAAGUGAGAGCACAUGUUUUUUUGUAUAAAUAUUGGUGCUUUGUUGAAUAAAGUCUUCUCUUUUCAUAA